GGACUACGCUCGUGGUAGACCUACAAAAAUCUUUUUGUGUACCCUGAUGAUCACUAUCAAGAAUAAGCCAAUGCUUGCCCUGUUGAAGCACCGAGGGCAAGGGAGUUUUGGCUUCCAGUACACAGAUGGUUCCAUUUCCAAGUCGAUGAACGUCAACUUUGUCGCCGUCGACAAUGAAACACACGAUGCCAUUGGAACCGACGACUUCGGAGACAAGACCAAGACCGAUGCCAACGCGAUCGACCAUCGCACCUUGCCUCAAAAGAUAACAUCCGACUACUUCACAAAAUCUCGAGAGCGUGGCAUUGUCAUCGACCUGACCUCCGACGACGAAGAAGAUGAGCUUCCACUCAAGAAAGAAGAGAGAUUUGACUCCCCACCAGAACUCACGGUCGAACCUAUGGAGAAUCGAAUCAACUCCGAAGAUGCAGAUAGUUACAUGCCGACAGCUAUCAUGAAGGAAUUCGGCAGGAUGAUGGCCAACAUGGCCCGCGAUUUCGGCAUCGAUGCCCUGAGCCAACCUGAGGCGAGAAGACUCAGGUCACGCAUGGGUGAAGCGGCCAAACUCGGCAACAAGGAAAUGCUCUAUCAUUACUUUGGGUUGCUUAGCGCUGCUGUGUUUGACUAUGCGUAGAUGGAUGGGAACAUUGCAACAGCGCAACAUGCUGUAAUGCUAGAACACCGAGUAUAUACAAUAUGUACUCUAAACAACGCCACGAUGCUUUCUUCAUCGUGACAUACUAUCCUAUACCAUAAGCUACUAUGGUGGUGUGUCAGAGAAACCUGUUUCGAGCAGACUCGAACUCAACCCGGACGCCGAUUCUGGAACACCAGCUCUUGCGCAGCUCAAACCUAUGCCGGGAUCG